UACAGAUGGUUAAUAAGAAUGAUGUUAGUAAUAACAGUAUGUAAUUUGUAAUGUAACAAAACGUAAUUAACCCCAUGUACAUGAUAAAAACAUGAUAAACACUGCCUUGCAAAAAAGAGUAUUCCUUGGGAACUGGUGACUUGGUAAUCUGUGGCAUUCAGGACAACAGAUCCAACUACCAAAUCAUCUACUAUUACUAUCUACUAAAUAAGCCUGCCAAGAAGAAAUAGGUGAUGAAAAGCAUAUUAUUUCCAAGUAUUCAGGAGAGGGGUCAGCAGAGAAGGCAACAUUUUAGCUUUAAUAGCUGAUUGUUUCCACAAAAUACAGCCCACAAAAAGAACAGCAGUGGUCUUCCGCAUCAGAACAAAAUGUAUUUGAUCUGGACAAAAGGAUUAUAUAUAUCCCCAGAGGUCAGGAAAAUCACUUCACAUACGAAGUUGAGCUCCCACUAUUCACCCAGGUUUAAGGUGUUACAGUAUUGAAAACAGGAUGCAAUAACGCAAUAUCUAAAAUGGGAUAAUCAACAGUUUGAUUUAAGUUCCAUUUUGCCAAUGACUCCCGUGGCCCUAGAAACAUCUAUGAUGGAGAUGGGAAAAAAAGGUCAGUGAAGGAAAAUGCUUUCAGAUUUUAAUGGGGUGGCUGCACAUCUGUAAGCAAGGCAUUAUCAGCCCUCAUUUCAGACUAUGAAGAGAAACCUCCCAUGGAGCUUAGUGCUUUGCUAUAACUAGACACCCUCCAUCCCAAAGCACUGUUUGCACAGGUUUGCCAGAAUACUGCUCUGCCCAGGCUACUAAAAACAAAGAUCCUGUCCGGUUGAAUUCCCCCCACCCCCUCACAUCUGAGCAAUCCUGGUAUCACUCCCUGGUGCAUCUUGCUGCAGUGCAGCAGGGAGCAGCACCAUGGGCAUUGAGAUGCAGCCAACAGCUGGGCUGAGGGGUUCUGCAAAGCACACGUCCACCCCAGCUGGCUCAUCACUGCUUCUUCUGACAGAUCCGGGAUCAAAGCAGAAUUUUACAUCAUUUACCAGCUUAUCAAAAGCUCCAAGACUUACAGUUUCCAAAGACCUUUAUAGGACAGGGAUCUUAUUGCUCUCAGUGGGAUUUCUGCACACGGCAUAAAUCAGAAUACAAGAACCUCAAGUGUUCACUCAGAAAUCAUUUCCCUUCCAGAGGAGCUACCAAUAGGUGUAAUGCUAUGUGAAAUGAUGGUCUGAAUAUUAAAACUUUCAUUUCCUGGAUAACUGCCAAAUGCAACACCCACAGCUAUGAAGAAAACCUAAUGAUUAAGUACACAGUUAAAAUAUGCUGACUCGUUUAAUGGGCAGUGGCUUAACAAUAUUUCAUUAUCAUUUUGAUUGCUGUUUUUGAAGUUUAGCUUGCUGAAAACCUUCCUCUCUGAGGACUUAAAUGUCUUUUAGAUAGAAGACAUUAGAAACAUUUUUAGUAUCAUCUGUUUCAGAUAAGGCCAGGUCCAUGUGGGUGUAUGGAGGACACAAACUCAUGAACUACUGAAAGAUGUUCAAUUUCACAGAGGAUCCCUCUUAUGUAAACUGAGAGCACCCGUACAAACACACAUAACACAUUCUUAAAAUACAUCCACAUUAUUUAAGUUGUAGGGAUUGACAGACACAACUACACAACUGCCACAUAAAAAAUAACUCUUCAUUGGAACUGCUCCCAUUGCCGACAAAAUUCACCAUAGUAAAUUGGGAUUCAUAAGCAAAGAAAGAAGAAAAAGAAAGAAAAAUAAUUUUUCUGCUCUUAGAAAAGCCAGGAUAAAUUAUUUCUGUCUAAAUAAUGUGAUUCUUUCUAUUCUUACCAAAUUACCUGAGGGAGUACCAAAAUCAUGGCAUGCUUUUCAGGUUUUAUUCUUCUUGUGAUAAAUAGUGACUCAGAUCAAGAAAUUUUGCAUGCAAGCCUGCACUCAAUCAUAGCAUGGGAAAAUACAAAAGGGAAAUUCUCAUGCUGUUGCAGCUCCCGUUCCAAAGGGUCAGGCUGCUUAAGACUAGCGAAUGACUAGGGCCAUUACCGACACAUACAUCAACAUGAUGGAGAAGCAAAUGGCGUUUAUUGCAACUACACAGCAGUUUAUAUACCCUACAUGCUUCGUCUACGCCCCUAAAGCAUGCGUCAUAAAUCCAUCACAGAGUAGGGGAGGUCCUGACACGUCACAUUCCGAUAACCCUGCUUUACGCCUACUACAACAUCAUGCCUAGAACUGUAUUCUAGAAGAAGAUCACAGAAUGUUGAAAGGUUCCCUCAAUGUUAAUAUUCAUCACUAAUGUCAGCACAAAACAUAGAAAGCACCAUCUCAGAUCGUGGUACUAAUCUGAGUAACUCAAAGUCCAGCAUUUAACACAGCUCUCUACCUAAUAAUCUUGAGGAGCUUGAAGAAACAACAGAUUUUUAUAAAAUUACUUAUUUGUUAGAAAGACUUCUCAUCUUCUAUAAAUGGGUAUUACAAAUGUAUCAGGUAUGCCCCAAGUGCAGGGGGAGAUGGCCAAUGUUACUGCCAGUUGUUCUCAUUAUUACUGAAAUGUCAUGGUGGUCAGGUCCUAAUGACUGGAAAAAUGCAAAUGUCAACACCAUCUUCAAGGAGGGAAGGAAGAUGAUUCAGGUAGCACCUCACCUCAGUCCCUAGAAAAGUUACAGAGCAGUUUUCUUCACAGCCUUUCCCGGACAUGUGAAGGACAAACUGAUAGCCAUGUUGAUUUACCAAGGUCAACCCAUGUCCAGUCAAACUGAUUAGUUUCUAUGAUGAGGUGACUGGCAUCAUGGACAACAGUCAACACAUUGGAACACAAGGCUACAUUCAGGUACAUCUUGACAGAGAAAUGGGCUGAUAAGAAUUUUAUGGAUUUCAACAAAAGCAACUGUGAAAUCUUCCACUAGGGUUGGAAUAACCCUGUGCAGCAGUAUAAGCUUUCUAUUCAGCAAAUAGUCACAAAAGAAGCUGGAAAAUAAUUUUUUUGCCUGUAACUGGAUGGUAACUGAUGAGUGACUUUCCUGUCCUGCAAGGUUUUCCAUCCUACUAUCCCCAUCAUCCUGCUGAGGAAGCAGGGAGAGCAGCAUGGUAGGUACCUGGUGACCAGUCAAAGCUGACCCACCACACUUGCUGCAAAUCUAAGGGCUGGUACUUAACUAGUUUCAUUGAGUUAAUUAAUUGUUUAGCAGUAUAUGGUCAGAUUUGGUAUCUACUCUUUUGAAGGACUAUUUUAGUUCUCUCUGUUCCUUCAUUUCCUUCUCCUCUCCUCUUUGCUUUCCUCUUAAUGUCUUUUAAUCUUCUUUCCCUCCCUCUCCUCUUUACUUUCCUCUUUACUUUCAAAGAUCCUGGUCCCAGCCUUAUGCUUACAACAAUAUCAGAAACAACAUGGUUAAUUAACACCCUGCCAAUCAGUUUCUACUAGAAACUUGAGAUAUUCAUGUGCAAAGAAGAAACACAGACUCAAACAUACGCAGACUCUGUUUUUCUGCUCACCUCCUGUUUAGGAAAUUAGUUUCAGUCACAUGGGUUAGAAAAUAACAUUUUCAAACAGAACAAAAUACUCUCAGUCCCAAAAGAUUAAAUUCUGAAGUCUGAACACUUGACAUGAACACAACGUCCACCUCAAAGGCCUACUGUAGGCUCUGGAAUGAUUAUAUCCUCAUUUUGAAGCAUGUUAGAUUUCAACAUGUGCAGAGGAAAAAAAAAACAACAGCACAGCAAAACAGAAGAGAACUUUUUCAUGGAGGAAAAAAAAUGAAGAAACAAUAAUGUUGGAAAGAAAGCACCUGUAUCCGUUACUGUACAGACUUCUGACAGAGAACAAAGACUCAAGGAUAAGGAUUCAUCACUGAGUGAAAUGGGUUACUCAGAGUUUAAAAGGGUGAAUAUUAAAAGCAGAUUAAAACCUUUAAUAUUAGUAAGCAUAUGCACAAAAUGUAGGAAACAAUGGUUCUAAACCGUAAGAAGAGACGGGUAGUAAGAGACACGUUACUUCUGCAAAAAUAUCUGCUGCUGUCAAUGGAAGUUCUGUGGGAUUCAAAUUUGCAGAAACAACCUGUUAUUUUAUUCAGAAUGACUCACUACAUUUACUAACUGCGGUACCGUAUUUUUCUUUAGUUCACAUUAUUUAAGUUCUUUAUAAAAACAUUAGCCCAACAAACCCACAACCGCUUAGUUUUUUUGGGGGACUGAAAAUAUCAGCUCUAAAAGCAGCUGCACAUAAUACGGAGAGAGUACAAACAGUGUGCUUGUUCAGUAACUCAAGUUAUCAAGUUUAUUGAGUGCUCUAUAUUCCUACAGGCUGUCCAGGCACUGCCAAACUAUGCAUAAAGUAGCUGCCUUUGUUCUGAAAAUGCUAAACUUCUUCUUGAUGACAUUUCUUAAAAUUGGGUAGCUGCCUGACAUAUGACAGCCCUUGACAGCUGUGAUCCUCUCACUGAUGAAGCCCAGGAUGACAAGCACCCAACCUUUCUGCCACACAUGAGCAAAACCAGUAGGUUAUGUUACCCAAUGCUGUAUCUGAUUGCCAGUAUUUUGUAGGAAUGCAGGAAAAUGGAGGGAAAAAAAUACCCCAAACAAGACAACCAAAUGAAAACAUUAAGAGAAGUCAUGCAUCUUGAGGGGAAAAUAGAGUUUCCAGCUCUCCGUGAAUAUCCCAACAGAAUAACUGCAACUUUGGGUUCACUACAAUAUGUGACCAAUGAACCAACAGAAUGCAGAUAUCUACUGCUCCUAUGAAAAGCUCUAAAGGCUUUGAAACAAUUUAUUCCAUAAGCUGCUUGGUUCCAUUUUAAACCAUUAAUGCUUUCUGUUCUCUCCCUUACCAUCAGCAAGAUGACUAACAAAGAACUUUCCUCUUCUGCUGGUAAGAGACUUUCUUCUAAUUUCAGUUUUAUUUAUCAUUAAUAAGAUGUUACCAUUGUCCUUUAUCACUUUCUACAAAUGUCAGUUAGUGAUAUCUCCCCCCAACUUUUGUUUGCAAAGCUCAAGAUAGUAUCUGGUACUCUUUCACAAAACCCUUCUCCAUCCCCCUGUUAGUAUCUCCAGUCUGUUACAAUAGGUUAACAUAAAAAUCCUUCACUUAGGUAUUCUUAAUAUGCAGUCAUCAUGCAAGCCAUUUUUGCAGAACACCAAACACUUAUUCAGCUUAUGGUACUAUAAUGAUUUAAAAAUAAAUAAAUCAUUGUCCCUGUUCUUUCUCUAAUAUGAUUAGCAUGCUGCCAUUCACAUGAAGACCAAAACCAACCCAUCCUGGGGAAUACCAAUGAAACUGAGAGGUAUAAGAACAGCUGGCCAAGCCAUGCAUCCCAACUGAGGACAGCAUCACAGCAACAGCUAUGAUCCCUGGUAAUGCCAACUAGGUGUUACACAGUCAGCUACCUCUGCCUACCCACUGUCAGUUGCUGCUCUGCAUCAGACAUCUGCAGCAAGUGAUUGGUAGAGACAGCUACAAGGCAGUUCUGCUUUUGUGACUGAUUUCAUUAACCCUAGCUUGAGUUCAGCAAGCAAGAGGAGCCUGUACCAUAAAAGGCAGGCUCUCCCAGUGAAUCCCACCAAGUCUGGCACAGAAAAUGGGGUUGGGCAGAAAACAAAUGAAGGCGCGAGAAAGCACUAAAGGGGUUUGGAUGGCUAUUUUGUUGAAGAAGUAUGAUCAAAUAGCUGUGUUUAAAUUUUUGUGUCACAAGUUCAUUUAGCUUGAGCAUUUAACUACAUCUUCUUUAUCCAGUCUAGCCUGACACAUUUCAUUUGGCCUCUGGAGAACAGACAGCAACUGUGACUCACCAAGGAGUCAUCACUUGCUGUUCCUCAAACUCAAGUCACUUGAGAAAUAACAUUUGUUUGCAAAAGGACAGGAUUCAGCUGGACACUAGUUUGAGACACCUGAACUUGCCUAGAAAAAAAAAGGUGUUAAUUUUGGAAGGAAAAGCAGUUUUCUAGUAAAGAAACUGAACUGGGACUCAGGCUGGCUGGGUUCAUUUUCUAGUUGAUCCAUGAACACCUUGUGUAAUUUCAGAAGUCACUCCUUACCUUGCAUAGUAGCUGUCUAGAUACAGAAUAGUAAAGCUAAAUCCAGUAUCUUUUGUAAACUGCUCAAAUAGAGCAUGAACUAAGCAAGCAGACUGAAAAAUAAGUUUUCAUAGGCAUCAUGACACAGCACUCAAAAUAUUAACUGUACUGCUUUAAUGUAACCACCUCUGAAAGUAAUGUCUUAGUGUACUAAUUUAUAUGUUACUCUCCUUGCAUGCCAAAAGCAAAACAGUCAACUUGUGUAUUCCAAUAGCAAAAACAAACAAAUCACACUUUCUGACACAUGCCACUUUUUGGUUUAGAUUUUCACAUUCUGGGUCAGUUAGAUGGACUGGAAGGAUGCUGUCUACGAGGGUGGAUAGUGAUAGGACAAGGGGGAAUGGGUUUAAACUGAGGUAAGGGAAGUUUAGGUUAGAUAUUAGGAGGAAGUUUUUCACACAGAGGGUGGUGACGCACUGGAACAGGCUGCCCAAGCAGGCUGUGGAUGCCCCAUCCCUGGAGGCAGUCAAGGCCAGGCUGGAUGUGGCUCUGGGCAGCCUGAUCUAAUGAUUGAUGACCUUGCACAUAGCAGGGGGGUGGAAACUAGAUGAUCAUUGUGGUUCUUUUCAACCCAGGCCAUUCUAUGAUUCUAUGAUGCAAUCUGUGUCAUUCUGCUCAAGCAAUUAACAUCCCAUAAGGCUGGAAUGGUGGCUAAUGUACAUGCGUGGCUCCAUGGGCACAAUCUAGUAAUGCAUCUUAACCAAAAAAAGAUAGUAUUUAAUUUUAUCUGAUCAAAGCAGGAAGCACAUAUUGGUAUUAUUUUUUAUAAUGCUAAAGCUAUUAUGAGAUAAACAUUUCCCUUAAUGUGAAGUUGGGUUAUUAAUGUCAGUCCUCGAGCAAAGACUACUACAAGUCUCGAGAAAUUUCUCACUUCUACCACAAAUUUUUGCUGCUGGACAGAGAACCACAUUGCGGUAUUACUUUAUGACGUAUGGAGCAAGUUCCCUAUAGGGUUGUUCUUGAAUCAGUAGUUAAUUCUCUUCAUUUAAAGAGAUUCUACUCUGUGAUGAAGAUAACAUAUAAAAUAAUUGAAAAAGAAGGAAGAAGUCUGCAGCAAGCCCAGUAAGUUUUCUGAAAGGCUUCCUGAGCCUGGUUUUGGAAGAGGAGUGCCUAUCAACAACUGAGGAGCUGGUAGUACUUGAAGCAGUUCAGCUCCCUGGCAUCUCAGGAGAACCAAGUCAUGUCUGCAGUGUGGGGUUCAGUACUGAAAAACACGUUCUAAAGUCUACUAAAUGUUCCAAGUAUGCACAGACACAUCUAGCGAGGCUCUAUGUCAUUUUCUAUAGCAAGAACAUAGAAGACAAGGUAUGUUUAAAAAGGUUUAACUUCAUCAUUAAAUCUGCAGUUACUUAAGGCUUCCUGAUGAGACAGAUAUGUUACUUGAGAUCUGAUCUGCACACCUCUAGCACGGCAGCAGCAGCAGCAGUUUGUCCUAUGAGCACAGCUGAGCCUUCCCAAAACAGUGUUCCAUCUCUGCAUUGGCUGGAGUCACUAACAUCAGCAUCACUGUGCCUGCUUGCUCAUUUUUGAGAAUCAGGAUGCUGAACGAGGCCACCUGAAACACAAACUGCCUUUUGCAGUCACAAAUGAUCAGUAUGAGUUUGUGGGGAAAAUCCCAGGUAACUCCCAGCCACUGCAUCUAACAGCAAAGGGCAGGGCUUUCCAUCUAUCUCUGAUCUAUUUCAGCCUUCUUAGCAAACAUACCAUUUCACUGAUAGAUCAGGGCUUCACAUCCAGAAACAACGUUUUUCCAGGUACCAACACAUGACCUCACAAUUUGGCCUUCCAUUCCUCUCCCCAUUCCCAUCUAUAUGCAUCAAUGCAUUUUUAUCAGAAUCAGAUCUGUGUUUUAAAAGCCAUUUAUUCAUGUUAAUGUGUUUGCCUUGCAUGUGUAUUGUAAAUGUAUAUAUUACUAUCGUGAUUAUCUGUAGCCUUGCUCAAAAUGCAGUCAACUCAGGCACACAGCCUCACUAAUCUCUAGAACCGCUCAUGUUCUUCAACUCCCUCAUCUAUUUUUAAAGGGCAUUUCUGUAAAGCCUCAUCAUUAUGAUACUAAAACAGUGCUGGGAAUGUACAUGGGCUGUUGAGACGACUGUUUCUACACGGCCUAUCGAUAUGCCUAAAGUUUGACUUUUUUGUGCUGUGUCAGAUUUCAGCAGGAGGAAUUCAUUUGAAAGUGUGUACUGAUGAUCCAACCCCAAACUAAAUUUAAGCCUUCUUUUAAUCGAGAUAUACUAUGUUUAAAGUCUGAGGUUUUCCUGGGCUGUGUCAGGUCUUAUCCAUAGUGACCAGCGUAAAAGUGUGCAAUCCUCAUAGGAUUCUACUCCAGGAUAAACGUAAGCCUUUUUUUUAAAAUGCAGACGUCAUAAAAACAAGGUUUUUCACUCAGGAUUUUUUGGUUGGUCAAGUAAACUUCUGGGUAAAGUCCCUUCUGCGACAGUCAGUAAUACGCAACUUGUGGGUCGGGGGGAGGAGGGGGGUGCUCCUAAUUACUCUUUUUGAGCAGACUAAUUGUAAAAGAAUUAAAAAUAGACACUUUCACAUCCCAUAUGACAGUAGCCAGCAAAUCAAGACCAGCACACAAACAAGUUUUUUUUUGAAGCACAUGAACAAAUCUACCCCUCCCACAAAAGGGACUCACGUAAUCACUCUUGAAAACAAUGUGCAAGGGUAAACUUUCACAGUCAGGCUAUCUUAACUAACUGCUCACAGGAUCUAAGAAGCUGCAGAUAUGUCCACUGAGCUUCCUGCAGAAACACCAGUUGCAGAAAUGGACACUUUCACAACUUCUCAGACAAACAGUUCUACCUGCGACUUGUAUGAACAUAAGGAUACAGCAAGGAUAAUCCUAUCUGUGUUCUACAGCCUCAUCUUAAUUCUUGGAGUACUCGGAAACACAAUUGCCCUCACUGUCAUUUUUAAAAACAGAAAGAAGAUAAAUUCUACUACCCUCUAUUCAACAAAUCUCGUCCUCUCAGAUCUACUGUUCUGUAUUGCCCUGCCUAUAAGGAUAGCCUACUAUGCCAUGGGAUUCCACUGGCCUUUUGGAGAAGCACUAUGCCGAAUAACUGCUCUCUUGUUUUACAUUAACACUUAUGCAGGUGUGAACUUCAUGACAUGUCUGAGUAUCGACAGAUUUUUCGCCGUUGUCCAUCCAUUCCGAUACAAGAUCAGAAGGAUUAAAUAUGCCAAGGGCAUUUGUGUAUUUAUCUGGUUUCUUGUAUUCAGCCAAACGUUCCCAUUGCUUAUACAGCCUAUGACACAUGAAGAAAAUGAAAGGACUACAUGUAUGGAAUAUCCAAACUUUGAAAAAAUAGCCCAUUUACCAUUUAUACUUCUUGCUGCCUGCUUAGUAGGAUACCUUAUUCCCCUUGGAAUUAUACUAUUUUGUUAUUCUCAGAUCAGCUGCAAACUUUUUCAAACAGCCAAGGAAAAUCCACUGACUGAAAAAUCAGGGAUAAACAAAAAAGCUAUCAAUACAAUCCUAUUUGUAAUUAUAGUGUUCAUCAUUUGCUUUACCCCUUAUCAUGUUGCAAUCAUACAACACAUGAUUAAGAAGCUCCAGUAUCAACCCUUAUGCAAUGAAAACCAAAUUUUCCAGAAAUCACUCCAUUAUACCGUGUUUCUGAUGAAUUUUAAUUGCUGUCUAGAUCCCUUCAUCUAUUUCUUUGCAUGCAAAGGAUACAAAAGGACUGUACUGAAAAUACUGAGGCGACAAGUGAGCGUAUCAAUUUCAAGUGCUGCCAGAUCACACCAUGAAGAAAGCUCACGCGAUGUGGGAGAAACACAAAUGAUGGUACUCGCAAAAUCUGCCAAUGGGAAGUUACCUGAAAAAUCAAGUCUGUAGUAUACUGCAGUGAAGUGGGCUUAAAAAUCCAGGGUCCAUGGUAAAAAUUCUUAGCAUUCCCUGUACAGUAGCUUCAGGAAGAUUCUGUUUCUCAGGAUGUCAGGAAAUCAAGGACUGUUGUUAGACCGAAAAAGAAUUAUCACACGACAGCAGGAAGACUCAAAAUUACAACUUCCUAGCUACAUCAUUUUGACUGAUCUCAUUAGUUUUUCCAGGAAAUGCACACCAUUGUGAACGUCCAAAUUCCAUACUCCUGGAUGUCAUCAACUCAAGCAAAGACUUGACUCAGUUUAACUGGAUGCCUGAGAAAGGAUUAAACCAAAAAUAGCUUAUAAUUCAAGAGUUACAACUAGCACACCUGAAAAUUACAAGAGCUCUAGCUGAGCUACAAGUACAUCAGUGGGUUUGUUAUCUCAAUCACAGAAGUCAAGCAGUCAAAUUUUUAGAUAAAAUGGACAGCUUCUAUGCACAGUUUGACUACUGCAAGUGUUGAUAGUCAUUUGGAGGUAGAAGUGUAUUUUAUAGUACUUAUAGAUCAUGGAGUACUAUAUAGAUUACAUAUGUCUUACUGAAAAAUUCACAGAUAGUUUUGUCAAAUAUUACAGAUGAAAAUUUAAUGCACUCUUCAAUUCUCCCCAAUACUGACUGUGCCCCACACAUUCAAUCUCUUGUAUUUUCAAGGUCUAUUACCUCUUGAAUCCUUUUUCUAAGGGAGAACUUUUCUUUCCAGUAUGUAUUAUAAAGAGACUCUAAGUUGUAUAUAAAUUAUUUAUGAACGCAGAAAUAAGUUGAUGCUAGAGAUUGAAACACAAAAAGUGCACUGUUUUGCUUAAAAGUACAGGGAUACAGGUUUAAAAGGCAUGGGGAGGAGCAGCUGAGGGUUAGGGAAAGGGUCUGCACCAGGGGACUGUGGGCACAGAGUGGGCUGUCCAGGGCUGUGGGCACGGCUCCAUGCUGCCAGAGUUCAUGGAGCAUCUGGACACUGCUUUCAGACAAAUGGUCUCAUUUUUGUGUGGUCCUGUGUGAAGCUGGGCGUAGGACUUGAUGAUCCUUAUGGGUCCCUUUGGAGUUGGGAUAUUCUAGGAUUCUAUGAUCGAUCAAUGGCAUCAGCAGGAUUGGCUGGGAAAGAACAAACUUUUGAACCAUGCCUUCAGAGAGCACACCUGGAAUGCAUUUGGGCACAUUGAAAUGGUGCCCAAAGAGACCAAAUGACAUAAACACAUCCUACUGGAAUUGGCUGAAUACCAACAUACAUCCAGGAUGUGGGUCUUGGUUUCCUGCUGUCAUGUCCUUCCAUAACGUGUCAAUUUCCUUCCCUGCUUUAUUUCUGGCCCCUGUGUCUUUUCUUUUGUCUUCUGUCUUAUUAAUAUACCUUCACUCGCCAACACAACUUGGUAAUUGCGCCAUGUGAUGAAAAAGGAAAUCUAAAGAAUGCCUGAUAAUUACUGGCAAAAGGUAGGCCAGAUGUCAGAAUAAAUUUUAUUUAUUGCAGCUAUAUCUCUCCAGCAUUGAGACUGUUCUGAAAAGCAAUCAAAUAAAACAGUUACAUUUGC